AUGGACGACAGACGAAAAAUAGUCGUUUGCGAUAACGGCAGCGCGUCCAUCAAGUGCGGGUUCGCAGGCGACAAUUUCCCCGUCGCCGUCAUUCCCAAUGUCGUCGGGCGACGCCUCGUCCGCCUGGACGAAACCUCCCAAGGCCAAGCACCCCCUAGCAUCCUGGUCGGUUCGCAGUGCAUGGAGCAGCAGCAGGGAGGGCAGCGCGUGGAGCUGACCUACCCCAUCCACAACGGCGUGGUGCAGCGGUGGGACGACAUGGGGCACGUGUGGGACUACACCUUCAACACUGCUCUCAAGAUCGAUCCUUCUGAGAGCAAGAUUUUGCUUACAGACCCGCCUUUGAACCCCACCAAGAACCGUCAACGCAUGCUCCAAAUGAUGUUUGAAAAGUACAAUUUCGACUCGCUCUUCAUUCAGCUGCAAGCAGUGCUGCCACUCUAUGCUCAAGGCAUUUUGACAGGGCUUGUGGUGGACUCUGGGGAGAGCGCCACUCAUGCAGUGCCAGUGGUGGAGGGCUUUGCGUACCCACAUCUUACGAAGCGGAUCAGCAUAGCCGGCAGGCAAAUCACGUCUCACCUCAUCGAUCUCAUGAUGCGCCGCGGCUACCCCUUCAGCAAGGUGUCUGACUUCGAAGCUGCAAGGGCCAUAAAGGAACAGCUCUGCUUCGUGAGCUGUGAUUACAAGAGAGAGAUGCAACUGGCAGAGGACACCACAGUGCUUGUGAAGCAGUUCACUCUGCCUGACGGUCGAACGAUUCGAAUCGGUGCAGAGCGGUUCCAAGCACCAGAAGCCCUCUUCUCCCCUGAGCUGAUUGACAAUGAAGGGCUAGGAUUGGCCGAUGUGAUCUUCAGAACCAUUCAAGACAUGGACAUAGACCAUCGCUUGAGCCUAUACCAGCACAUCAUGCUGUGUGGCGGCUCUACCAUGUUUCCCGGCCUGCCCACUCGACUGGAGAGGGAAGUGAGGGACCGCUACCUGAAGCAUGUGUUGAAGGGCAAUAAGGACGGACUCAAGAAAUUCAAGCUAAGGAUCGAAGACCCCCCGAAUCGCAAGCACCUUGUCUUUUUAGGGGGUGCUGUGCUUGCUGAUAUCAUGAAGGACAAGCCCGACUUCUGGAUAUCGCGUGCCGACUAUGAAGAGGAAGGAUUCAAAUCGCGUCUGCCGUCCGUUGCGCUCGUGCUCCAAGCCUCGUCGUCCGCAUCGCGUUCGUACGUUCCACCCAUUCAUUCCGCGCUUUCCUCUCGCUCGAGCGCGGGCCGUCCCGCUCAACGCCUCAAGUCACGAUUCUCCUUUUACCCUCCGUCCACGCGUCAACGCUUCAACACAUCCACGUGUCAGCGCGUCAACCCGUGCACUCGUCCACUUCGCAUCCUCCGUCUCCUCCGUAUCAUCCUCAGCAUCCUCGCUAUGGGCCGACUCAUCCACUUCGCUAACAUUCCCCUCCGCAUCGUGCGGCCCGAGUCGCUGGAGAACAUUAAGGAGGUCGUCUUUAGAACCAUACCAUCCGUCAAUAAGGUGGAAAUAAGACGUUUCCUAGAGACAGUAUAUAACCUUGAAGUGUCCCGGGUACACACAAUGAAUUACGAGGGCAAGAAGAAACGGAGCCAGUAUGGAUACUACCGCCGCCCAGACUGGAAAAAAGUGGUUGUGGAGCUCAAAAACCCUGUCACACUGCCCGGAAAUAUCUUCCUGGGUGUGCCAAAAGAGGCGGAAGAGGCAGGGGCAGCAGCUGCAGGAUCAGCAGCUCAAUAG